AUGGACUACUCCAACACCUCCCACCUGCACAUGGACUACUCCAACACCUCCCAUCUGCACAUGGACUAUUCCAACACCUCCCACCUGCACAUGGACUACUCCAACACCUCCCACCUGCACAUGGACUAUUCCAACACCUCCCACCUGCACAUGGACUACUCCAACACCUCCCAUCUGCACAUGGACUACUCCAACACCUCCCAUCUGCACAUGGACUACUCCAACACCUCCCACCUGCACAUGGACUACUCCAACACCUCCCACCGGCCAUGGACUAUUGCAACACCUCCCACCUGCACAUGGACUAUUCCAACACCUCCCACCUGCACAUGGACUACUCCAACACCUCCCAUCUGCACAUGGACUACUCCAACACCUCCCACCUGCACAUGGACUACUCCAACACCUCCCACCUGCACAUGGACUACUCCAACACCUCCCACCUGCACAUGGACUCCAUUCCAACACCUCCCACCUGCACAUGGACUACUCCAACACCUCCCACCUGCACAUGGACUACUCCAACACCUCCCACCUGCACAUGGACUGUUCCAACACUUCCCACCUGCACAUGGACUACUCCAACACCUCCCAUCUGCACAUGGACUACUCCAACACCUCCCACCUGCACAUGGACUACUCCCACACCUCCCACCUGCACAUGGACUACUCCAACACCUCCCACCUGCACAUGGACUACUCCAACACCUCCCCACCUGCACAUGGACCAUUCCAACACCUCCCACCUGCACAUGGACUACUCCAACACCUCCCACCUGCACAUGGACUACUCCAACACCUCCCACCUGCACAUGGACCAUUCCAACACCUCCCACCUGCACAUGGACUACUCCAACACCUCCCACCUGCACAUGGACUGUGUCCAACACUUACUCCACUACUACUCCAACACCUCCCAUCUGCACAUGGACUACUCCAACACCUCCCACCUGCACAUGGACUACUCCAACACCUCCCAUCUGCACAUGGACUACUCCAACACCUCCCAUCUGCACAUGGACUACUCCAACACCUCCCACCUGCACAAUGGACUACUCCAACACCUCCCACCUGCACAUGGACUACUCCAACACCUCCCACCUGCACAUGGACUACUCCAACACCUCCCACAUGCACAUGGACCAUUCCAACACCUCCCACCUGCACAUGGACUACUCCAACACCUCCCACCUGCACAUGGACUACUCCAACACCUCCCACCUGCACAUGGACUAUUCCAACACCUCCCACCUGCACAUGGACUACUCCAACACCUCCCACCUGCACAUGGACUAUUCCAACACUCGGCGGCUCCGACCAGUCAUAAAAACCACUGCAGUCAAUCCCGGCCCUUUACAGUCGUCUCUUACCUCUGGACACUGA